GAUAGCACUCCACUCCUUGUUCCACCUUUAACGGCAACACGUGCGGCCGCAUUCAAUAUACACAGCUCACUUAUUUUUCGCGAAUAAAAGUUGAAUUAGCCGGAGCAUGGUGACGCGCAAAAAGCCCGUGAAGCGCAGCGCCGAGGUGGCGGCUAUCGACGCCGAAGAUUCGGAGGAGGAGGCCUCUCAGCCGAAGGUGGGCAAGGACGUGAUGGUGGUCGCCCAAGAGGUAACAAUUGUCCGUGCCUUGGCCUGCAACGAUGUGGUCCAGCGAAACCGCCAGAUCCGUAAGCUGCGCAAGUGGUUCAAGCUGAGGGCCAGCAGCUCCUUUCCUUUCACCGAGGAUGACUUUCUGCGCAUCUGGAAGGGGUUGUACUACAACAUGUGGAUGUCGGAUAAGCCCCUCGUGCAGGAGGAACUCGCCGAGCAGCUGGCCCAGAUGAUCGACAGCUUCGAUGGAAAUACGGCCUGCAGCUUGGCCUACUUCAGUGCAUUCAUGCGCAUUAUGUGCCAGGAGUUCUUUGGAAUCGAUCAGUGGCGCAUGGACAAAUUCCUGAUGCUCACUCGCCGCAUGGUGCGAUAUAUCCUGCGCCUUUUAAAACAGCAGCAGUGGUCGGCGGACCUAAUCGCUGCGUUUAACACCAGCAUGCAGCAGUCUGUGCUGUCGGAGCAGCCAAAGAGUCGCGGCAUGACUAUGCACUAUUUGGAUAUCUUCUUCGAGGAGUUGGCCAAGGCGGCCGAUGGCGAGAUCAGCGCCGCCCAGGUCAACUUGUUCUUGCGUCCGUUCGUCACCUACAUGGCCACGCAGCGCGACGCCAAGCUGGUGGCCCAGUGCCGCACCAGGGUGCUGUAUCAUCUGCUUUAUCAAAGCGAUUUGGGACGCGAGUACAGCGAAAAGUACAAUGCCUGGAAGCUGAUGGGCUUCCCCACCGCCUCCAUCGAUGACAUUGAGAAACUGGAUUCCGGCUUUGACGAGGAAGAUGACGAGGGAAACGCCGACGAGGAGCAGCCGCGGGCCACAUCCCUGGACCCCCGUGCGGGCAAUGUGGAUGUGCACAUGCCAGAGCUCCCGCUCAACGCCGACUGCGUCCUGGACGAGCUGCAGACACAACUGCGCACCAACGAAUUCAACAGUAAGCGGCGCAAGGGGUUGCGAAAGCUUAUCCAAAUUUUUGAGACCUACAAGAACGGAGAGUUUCCGCUUGGCGUGCGCACUAUGCCAAAGGUGGAAGGUCAAAAACUGUCCGAGAUGGUGGAACAGAAGGUGGCCGCCAUUGAUGAGAUGGAAGACGAGGUCUUCGGCACUGGAAGGAAACUCAAGAAGCUUAACAAAACCAAGCGCAAACGUCUACUGCAGUCCAUCAAUUUUGAGGAGGUGGACGAGCACAACUACGACGAGAUCAUUGGCAAGGCUCUGCCCCCUGAGCUGCAGAAGAAGGUUAAACACAAUGCAAAGGUGCGUUCCAGCAUAAACAACGCCUGGGUUGUGGAGGAGGUGAAAGAGGCAGACUCAACAGCGGAGGAUAAAGAGGAAAAGACGGCCAAGCCUAAGGCAAAAAAGGCAAAAAAGGAAGACACGCCCAAGCCGAAAAAGGAUAAGCAGUUGAAGGCCAAGAAGGAAGGGCUUCUCAAGCCCAAAAAGGAUCAAUCCAAAGUGCAAAAGGAAGAGAAGUCAAAGGCAAAAAACGAAGAGCAGGCCAAUGAUGUGCAGUCCGAGCCCCAGAAAGAUGAGCAGCCUGCGACCAAGCAGGAGGAGCAGGCCAAGAUACAGUCCACUCCCGAACCGGAGACUGCUGGUGAUGACAAAGCCAAGACGGACACACCGCAACCAGCAAAUGGUUGGGAGGAACCCCUGAAACCCGGAGAACAGGAAAUCUUCGUUCCUUCGCGCAAAGUACAGCUGAAGCAAGCGAACAGCAAGCUGCAGAAAUCAACGCCCAAGCAACCAGCGCGUCUGCAGUUUGCCACACCACAGACGGGCAGUGCCAAGCGCGUUCGGAUCAUGACCAAGAGCAACUGCUUCUAUCCGAAGAGUGACUACUACCGCCAGCUGAAACUGUCGCCCCAGUUGCCCUACGAUGCGACUCGGCUGCCCGGCAAGAGUGCUCUCAAGCCGCAUGUGCUACCGGGACCGAUUCAUCCUAACUUCAAGGGGGCUAAGCGGCUCUUUAACGACACCCUGUGACGUUGCCUCCGGUGGCUGGGAGAGGGAUUGGGAACGGCUCCUGAACAGUAGGGUGGACUUGGUGCUCUAAUGGUCAAACCCCAGGCAAACUACAAUCGGACCCUCCUGUUUACACUGAUGUCUGGCGAAGAGGGACCGCGUGGCCUCGGAGAUUAAGAUAGCACAUUCACCAUACACAUGUCUUAUGCUGGUUUUAAAAUAGGUCUAUAAAUAAUAGAAAUACACUAAAGCUUCCAUGAGAUAAUUUGCUGUUUUAAAGUGUUUAAGAGCCGAUUGUUUAGUUUAAAAUGCUACAUUUGAUGGACAACGCUUUAAAGGUAUCAACUUUCUGGAGUAGUUGAAGUUGUCAAUAUACAAUUUUAUACUGCUUCGACUUAUCAAUUGUAAGAUUUAUUAAUUUCCACUCCAAUAAGACCAGCAAAAGACAUGUUAUAAAUGUAACCCCUUAAACAGUUAGUAGUUACAAUUACGACUUAAUGUACUAUUGCUUGUAGGCCAUUUUAUGUUCAAGCUAUCCUUUGAGUUGAUAUUGAAAUAAAAGCAAACGUAGUAUAUGUAAUAUGAAAUACAA